AUUGUGUAAAACAAUAGUGACUACAUAAAAAGUUUACCAACCGGCAGGCGACAAUUCGAACACCUCACUAAAACGGUGUCUCUCUUGCUAUCGAACUGUUUCUUUUUCUUCUUCUGAUCUUCUCCCUGCUGCCUGCUCCUUACCCCCAAAAUUUCCCCAGGUUCUUCGCCGGGAAAACCAAUAUAGCAUCUCAGAAACAGCGAAAGAGAGAAGCAUGGAUCAAUUCGGUGGAGGAAUGGGAGGAGGGGGAGGGUGGACGAUGAUCCCAAACAUGACUGCUCACGCGAAUUCCCCCGCGCAUUCGAAUCAAGACCAGUACUUCCUCCAUCAGCAACCUACGCCACCGCCGCCGCAGCAACAGCAAUUCAAUCAGUUUCAGCAGCAGUCGCCGCAACAAUUAGUCCAGCAGCCAUUCAAUCAACAACAAUUUCAGCAGCAAUCGCCGCAACAAUUAGUCCAGCAGCCACCACCAUCACAACAACAGUUUCAGCCGCUGCAGUCGCCGCCGCAGCGUUUGAUUCAACAGCAGACCCCGCCGCAGCCUCCGCCGCAGCAAUCGCUGGCAUCCCAUUUCCGCCUUUCCCCUCUGGUGGAGAAAUUGGCUGAUGCUAUUGAGAAUGGGACUCGAGAUCAGCACUCUGAUGCUUUGGUUAACGAGUUGAACAUUCACUUUGAGAAGUGCCAGCAGCUGUUGAACUCCAUAUCCAGCUCAAUCAGCUCCAAGUCUAUGACUGUUGAAGGACAGAAGAAAAAGCUGGAAGAAACUGAGCAGUUGCUUAAUCAACGAAGCGACUUGAUUGGCAACUACAAAAACUCUGUUGAAGACCUUAUCAAUUCUGAUCCGUGACUGCUUCGUACCCGCUGAUACCAAACAAACAAAGGUACGAGAUGGAACAUUUUGUUCAUUUUUGGAAAUGAGAUGCUUUAGGAUGAUGUAUUGAAGAAUGAAUGAAUGAUGGUUGCCUCCAAUUUCUUGAACCAAAUGCUGCCUGCGGAAUGGUGAACGAUAUAUAAUCUCUUCCCUGUUGUCAAUGGCUCUUCCAUUUUCUCACUCUUUAGGUUUGAUUUGCAGGUGAUGCCAUAAGAUGAGCAUUUUUCCAUGAACUAACCUAGUGUCCAACCAAAGGAGGAAGGCAGUUGUGUUUCCUAUUCCCUUACAACGGUUAAAGAGCCACCAGGGAUCAGUUUGUUUCGGUUAGUAGUAAACAGGAGUUCUGACUAUAUGGAAAUGUAGAGCGUAGAUGAAAUCCUGUAGAACUUUCAUUUUCGUGUGUAGUGACGGUAACUUGUAGCUUUGCUCAAGAAGUAGAUGACAUUCUACAUUAUUAUACAUGUUCUGGUAGUCACUGAUGUUGAUGGAUGCUCGUUUGACAAUGAUUGGCAUCGACUCAUAUUAUCGAAUAGGGAAAUCUAGUUUUGCCAAAAUCAUAAGAGAAGACUGCUAUAAGAGUCUAUUACAGGCAGAUAGAAUUGAUGUAUAAAAACCAGUGUUUGUGAAGAAUGAACUCUGGGCACAUGAUUCUCUCUUUUGGUUUGAUCGAGUGAUUGGUAAGGGUGUGGGCAUUAUUUGGUCCGAUCUGGUAUUAGGUUGGAUUGAUAUAAGAGUCAUAGAAAUUGAAGAAAAUUUGAGAAAAUUUGAGCAUUGGAAUAAAAUGUCACAUUUCGA